GGCGGGACCGCGACGGCCCCGGCGGCACCGGGAGGGACCGCGACGGCCCGGGGGUCCCGGCCCGGGGGCAUGAGGCACUGCUGGGCAGGGUGACGCCGUGACGGGCAUGGCGGGCGCCUCGGUGAAGGUGGCGGUCAGAGUCCGGCCCUUCAGCGCCCGCGAGAGCAGCCGCCAGGCUAAGUGCGUCAUCCAGAUGCGAGGAAACACCACGUGCAUCACCAACCCCAAGCUCCCUAAAGACGGCACCAAGCACUUCACCUUCGACUACUCCUACUGGUCCCACACCUCGGAGGAGGACCCCAACUUCGCCUCACAGCGCCGGGUGUACCAAGACAUCGGGGAGGAGAUGCUGGCACACGCCUUUGAGGGCUACAACGUUUGCAUCCUGGCCUAUGGCCAGACCGGCGCCGGCAAGUCCUACACCAUGAUGGGGCGGCAGGAGCCCGGGCAGCGCGGCAUCAUCCCGCAGCUCUGUGAGGAUCUGUUCACCCGCGUCGCACGUGAGGGGUCCCCCGAACUCUCCUUCUCCGUGGAGGUGAGCUACCUGGAGAUCUACUGUGAGCGUGUGCGGGACCUGCUGAACCCCAAGAGCCGGGGGGGGCUGCGGGUGCGGGAGCACCCCCUGCUCGGGCCCUACGUGCAGGACCUGUCCCGCCUCGCCGUCGCCUCCUUCGCCGACAUCGCCGACCUCAUGGACAGCGGCAACAAGGCCAGGACGGUGGCGGCCACGAACAUGAACGAGACGAGCAGCCGCUCGCACGCCGUGUUCACCAUCGUGUUCAGCCAGCGCCGCCGAGACCCGCUCAGCGACCUCACCACGGAGAAGACCCCCCCAACCCCCCCUGCCCCCCCAGGUGAGCCGCAUCAGCCUGGUGGACCUGGCGGGCAGCGAACGCGCCGAUGCCUCGGGGGCCAAGGGCAUCCGCCUCAAGGAAGGCGCCAACAUCAACAAGUCUCUGACCACUCUGGGCAAGGUCAUCUCUGCCCUCGCCGAGGCCACCAGCAAGAAGAAGAAGCCAGAUUUCAUCCCGUACCGGGACUCGGUGCUGACGUGGCUGCUGAAGGAGAACCUGGGCGGGAACUCGCGCACGGCCAUGAUCGCGGCGCUGAGCCCGGCCGACAUCAACUACGAGGAGACGCUGAGCACCCUGCGAUCCGGUGCCACGCGGUGAUCAACGAGGACCCGAACGCGCGGCUGAUCCGGGAGCUGCGCGAGGAGGUGACGCGGCUGCGGGAGCUGCUCAGCGCCCAGGGUCUGCCUGACACCACCCCCCCAGCCCCCCACACCGGGACUGACCCCACCCUCAACGGGGGGCCGGAGCCGGAGCCCCCCCUGGGCACCGCCGAGGCCAUGGAGCGGCUGCAGGAGACGGAGAAGAUCAUCGCGGAGCUGAACGAGACGUGGGAGGAGAAGCUGCGGCGGACGGAGGCCCUGAGGCUGGAGCGGGAGGCGCUGCUGGCUGAGAUGGGGGUGGCUCUGCGGGAGGACGGCGGCACCGUUGGCGUCUUCUCCCCUAAAAAGACUCCUCACUUGGUGAACCUCAACGAGGACCCGCUGAUGUCCGAGUGCCUCCUCUACCACAUCAAGGAUGGUGUGACCAGGGUGGGCCAGGUGGACGUGGACAUCAAGCUGUCGGGGCCGUUCAUCCGGGAACAGCACUGCCUGUUCCGCAGCUGCCCCGACCCCUCGGGGGAAGUUGUGGUGACGCUGGAGCCGUGUGAGGGGGCUGAGACCUACGUCAACGGGAAGCAGGUGACGGAGCCGGUGGUGCUCAAGUCGGGCUACCGCCUCAUCUUGGGGAAGAACCACGUGUUCCGCUUCACGCACCCGGAGCAGGCGCGGCGGGAGCGGGAACGGGGGGCUCCCCCCGGGCCCCCCCUGGACUGGAACCUGGCACAGCGGGAGCUGCUGGAGCAGCAGGGCAUCGACAUGCGCCUCCAGAGGCUCCAGGAGCUGGAGAGCCAACCCCACGCAGAGAAGGAGACGGUGGAGCAGCCACAGCCCCCCACGGCAGACCCCCGGUGCUACGAGGCCGGCUGGCGCCUGAUCUCGUCCCUGCGCGCGGCGCUGCCGGCACCCGCCGUGCGCUCGGUGCUGCGCCGAGCCGGGCUCCCGCUGACGGCGCCGGGCAAGCGCCGGGAGCCGCUGCGCGUCUACCAGAUCCCGCAGCGGCGCCGCGGGGGCUCCUCGGCCCCCGCCCCGGCACCGGCGCCGGCCUCGCCCUCGCCUCAGCCCUCGUGGGUGACCAUGGCCGACCUGAAGGCGCAGGCAGUGCGGGAGCUGAGCCUCGAGGUGGCCCUGCGGGAGCCGCGGCCGGCGCGGCGCGAGCUGGAGGCGCUGAGCCUGGCGCGGCUGCGCGAGCUGUGCCGGCGCCACGGCAAGCGCGAGCCCACCGAGCGCGACGGCUGGCGCGCCGUGGCCAGGGACGUGUGGGACGCCGUGGGCGGCGGCGGCGAGGACGAGGAGGGCGGCGGCGGCACCUGCGAGCAGGUGAGCGAGGUGGAGGGGCUGCGGCUGCACCUGGACCGGCUGGCGGGGAUCCUGCGCGAGGUGAAGCGGCAGAACAGCGCCAAGGACGAGCAGAUCCGCGCCCUGCGCGACCGCGUGGGGCAGAUGGAGCGAGUCAUCCCGCUGCCGCUGGACGAUGAUGCCGAGGCCGAGCCCCCCGCCCAGGAGCCCCCCCAGGACGCCCUCCCGGACCCCCCCCAGCCCAGCCCAGACCGGGGGUCGCCCCCCCCCUCGCCCCCGUCGGCGGCGGCGGCGCGGCUGUGCCGGCUCAUGGAGCAGGACCCGGCGUUCCGGCGGGGGCGGCUGCGCUGGCUGCGCCAGGAGCAGGCCCGGCUCAUGGCCGGGGGGGGCCCGCAGCCCCCCGCCGCCCCCCGCCGCCCCCCCCGCUUCAACGCGGCCCCCCAGGACUCCAAACUGCGCUUCCCCUUCAAGAGCAACCCCCAGCACCGCGUGGCCUGGGGGGGAGGCGGAGGGGGGGCCGCCACCCCCCCCGCCGAGCACAGCCCCCCCCCGCCCCCCUCGGGGCGCCCCCGCCGGGGGUCCCUGGACGGGGGGGCCCCGCCGCCCCCCGUGGGGACUCCCCCGCCCCGUGUCCGCCGCCAGCGCUCGGCCCCUGACCUGAAGGCGCGGGGCCCCCCAGCUUAGGGGGGUGCGGGGGGGGUUGGGAUUUUCGGGAAACACCCCCACCCCCCCCAUGGACAAUCACGGCCUCUUCCCCCCACCCCACAAUGGGGGGGUCUCCCUGCCGGGGGGGCCCCCCAGCUGCUGUCACACUGCCCGCCCCCCCCCCCCAGCGUGUGCGUGUGUCUGUGGGGGGCACCCCCCACCCAAUGCAGGGGAACCCCUAAUUAGAGGGGAUCCCGCUAAUUAAAGAGGGAACCCCCCAUUUUG